GCGUCCACGUCCCCGCGGUGUCCGAGUUCUACCGGCUGCGAUGUGUACUGCGCGCCGCUGCUGUAGAAAAAAAACAAAAAAAAAAAACAGUGUAGGAAAACUUCAUAGAAAUGGCGGCGGACGGUGCGACGACUCUCAAAGGCUUGCGAGCCCAACUGGCUGCAGCUGCACAGGCACAAGCCGAGGAGCGGCGCAGCGGGGCAGGGAAUAGUCCAGGACCUACAACCAACACAGCAGCGAAACCUCAGGGGUGUAGGCCAGUCCUUGACGGUGCCGCACUUAGAAUAGACGACCGACUGCGAGUGGCAAAGGAGAGGCGAGAGGAGGCAGACAGACAACAGGUUUUGCGAGAGUCUCAGAUUAUGGAGCGCGAGCGCAAGGCCAAGCUGCAAGUGGAGCGUCAGGUGGAGGAGCGUCAGAAAAAGGUUGAGGAACAGCGAAGGAAGGAGGAGCAGAAACGACUGGCUGUGGAGGAGAAGAGGAAGCAGAAACAGGAAGAGGAAAAGGAGCACUACGAGGCCGUGAUGCGGCGGACAUUGGAGCGUAGUCAGCGAGUGGAGCAGAGGCAGAAAAGAUGGUCUUGGGGAGGACUGUCCACAGACUCCGAUGGACGAACAGGAGAUUCUGAUGCCAGCGCCUCAUCUCCAGUAACUAUAAUUAUCUCCCCUGCCUCGCCAGAAAAGCCACCGAGGAGUCAACAAGUGGACAAGCGCUCCACAUCCACCAUGAACUUGAAACAGCCAUCCGAGGCUGGCAUCAGCAAACGCCUUUCCUCUUCCUCUGCCACCCUCAUCAAAUCUCCUGACAAACGUGCUAAGCCCAGGAGUUCAUCUUGUAACCGGUUGCCUAGCAAUGCCAAUGCUUCUCAGGCCAGUAAGGAAGAAGGCAAAAAGCUUCAGGUGGAACAGACAGGCCGUUCCAUGAAGAAGAGAAGUUCCUCCCUCACUCGAGUAAGUGUGGGCAGAGCACAGACCCCCACCAAGCCUGAUAAGGGGACAACGGAUGAUCAAGCUCGCAGGCCACCGGCUAGCACGGUGGACGGAGGGGUCCUUAGUCGCCUGCUCACCCCCACCCAGGCCUCACUAGCUAGGAGCAAGAGUGCCGCCGCCCUGUCCGCUGAAGGAAGAGAUGCUCCAGAGUGUCACCCAUGUCCUCGCUCAGCCUCGGCCACUCCCCUGCACCCACAGCGCGGACCUGUGCGCAGCCGUAGCAUUGACCGGCAGAAAAGCGGCAUGACUACCUCUGUUUCAGCUGACGGAGCCCUCGACCCUUCACUGAAGGACAAGCAGUUAACAUCGCCUGGGGGGCAGCGUCCCACCUCCCCAUCCACUACCCUUGGACGCAACCGCUCACCAUCCCCGGCCCCCAGCCCAGCUCCAAAGAGGACCCCUUCCCCAUCAGCAGCCAAGCAAAGUCCCAGGACACGCCCCCCUUCACCUGGUGCAAUGAAGCAACGUCCCCCAUCCCCCCAACCUACAUCAAGCAAACCCCCACCUAUCCAGAAACCAGCUCUUACUCCAACUGGACCCCCUACUUUGCGAAAGAGAGACUCCAAGUCCAAGGAUCUGUGUCCUGUCCAGGCCGUGGCUCCACAGUCCUCUGACAGCAGCAAGACCAAAGAAAAAGAUGACUCUAAGGCCUCGAUGGGAACCAACUCGGCUGCCGAGGCGGCCAAGAUCCUGGCUGAGAAUCGCAGGCUGAUGCGAGAGCAGAAAGAGAAAGAGGAGCAGCUAAGGAUACAGAGGGAGGAAGAGGAGAGACUGAGAAAGGAAGAGGAAGACCGUUUGGCGGAGGAGGCUCGACUGAAACGUGUGGAAGAGGAGAAAAUCCUUGCAGAGGAGAAAAAAGUCAAAGAAGAGGAAGAUGCCCGUCUGGCAGAGGUGGAGCGGGUGAGACUGGCUGAAGAGGAGGCUCUGAAACAGGUUGAGCUCCAAAAGGAACGGGAGGAGGCUGAGGCCAAGGCUCUGGAGGAGGCAGAGAGAGUACGUCAGGAGCGAGACCGCAUCAUGCAGCAGAACCAGCAAGAACGAAUGGAGAGGAAGAAGCGAAUUGAAGAAAUUAUGAAGAGAACUAGAAAAGGAGACGCUGGUGACUUGAAGAGAGAUGACGAUAAAGAGGAUGGAGAUGAGGAUGUGGACCCAAUGGACCCGAUGAACUGUGAAACCAAUCUUGACGGCAUGGCUGAGACAGAUGACAUCGUCAUGGAGGCCGACAGAGAUGAGUGUGGUUUGUCCGCUGGUGAGCCGGCCAAUCAACGAGAGGAGCCGCUGGGCUGGGUCAAUGGAAAACCGGAGACCGACGACAAGGAGAAUAACAAUGGAAUGACCACAGACGAGACCCAGGCAAUAAGUCCAGUCCCUAAAGGCCGCCUCGUCGAGGGCUCAGAGUUCCUGAAUGAGCAGGACUCUGCGAAAGUGGGGUUGGUCUCCGGACUGAAUGGGAAAUCCAACCAGUGGAGCUUCGAAGAACUCAUUGACCUCAACGUCCACUCCAAGACGCGGCCCCUCAUCGAAGCAGAGGACUGUAACCAGGUCUUGAUCAACUGUGACGGGAGCGCAGACGGCAGCAGGGUAGCCUUUGAGGACAAGGGAACCCCCGUCAACACACUGCAUUCCUCCAAUCAACCCAUAGAAGCUCUUUCAGAGAUUUGACGCUGCAGCCGUCGCUGAGAAGCCUCCCACUGUUGCACUCCUAAAGUUCCUAUCCAACUGAGCUCAUUU